CGACAUCAGUCACAACGUUCUUGUUUGACAGAUCCUUGUUAUCUUGGGCUUUAAACGCGUUGCUACCAUAUCCUGUAUCGUUGCAGUCCAGUCCAGAACGCCAGGUGUAACAGGGCCCAUCAAAGUACCUGAGCGUCCGUAAAAACUGCAGCUGUUGUACUUAUCUCAGUCAAAUUUCAGUUGACAUGGUUGCGAACGGUGCUGUGGACUCUGUGAAGGGGCCUCAGCCUUCUUGUUCACCCUUGGCCUUGGAAAACAUAAACCCCAAAGUGGUCAAGGCACAGUAUGCUGUAAGGGGCGAAAUCGUGAUUCGUGCCAAGGAGCUGGAAGACAAGCUUCAUGCUGGGGAAAAGCUCCCAUUUGACAAGAUUCUGUACUGCAACAUUGGCAAUCCCCAGCAGCUAGGGCAGCACCCUGUAACCUUCUACAGACAAGUGCUGGCCAUUUGUGACUACCCAGAGCUACUGGAGAGUGCAGAGGCGAAGAGCAUUUUCCCGCCAGAUGUGCUUGCGCGUGCCAAGAAGUACCUGGCCGCCAUUCCAGGAGGCACUGGGGCAUACAGCGACAGUAGAGGUGCCAUGGUGCUCCGGCAGGAUAUUGCCAAGGGCAUCGAGGAGCGAGAUGGGUACCCCUGCGAUCCUGACAAUCUGUUCCUAACAGAUGGUGCCAGCCAGGGCGUGCAUGCGAUGAUGCGCCUGCUUCUGCGCGAUGAGAAGGACGCUGUCCUCACACCCAUUCCCCAGUACCCCCUCUACUCGGCGACAUUGACGAUGUACGGAGGCGUGCUGUUGCCCUACUACCUCCAUGAAGAGACCGGCUGGAGCCUGGACAUCAAUGAGCUGCGCGAGCAAACCUACAAGGCGCGGUCGGAGGGGCAGAAUGUGAGGGCGCUGGUGGUGAUCAACCCUGGCAAUCCCACCGGCCAGAUCCUGUCGUAUGAGAACCAGGUGGACGUGGUCAAGUUCUGCAAGGAGGAGGGCAUCGUGCUGCUGGCAGACGAGGUGUACCAGGCCAACAUCUACCGCCCCGACAAGACCUUCACCUCCUUCAAGAAGGCACGCCCCUUCCUCUCCUCUCAGCCACGCUGUUUGCAUGCAUGUGAGGAGGAAGUGACGCUGGCCUCGAUGAUGUCCAUCUCCAAGGGCUUCUAUGGCGAGUGCGGCCGGCGCGGCGGCUACACGGAGCUGGUCAACGUGGACCCCAGCGUGCUCUCCGAGGUCUACAAGCUGGCCUCCAUCAACCUCUGCUCCAACCUCAAUGGCCAGAUCUGCAUGGCCCUCGUCAUGAACCCCCCCAAGGAGGGGGAGCCGUCGUAUGAUUUGUAUGCGAAGGAGCGCACGGAGCUGCUGGCGUCGCUGAAGCGGCGGGCGCUGAAGCUGCACAAGACGCUGAGCGCGCUGCAGGGCGUCACCUGCACAGAGCCCGAGGGCGCCCUCUACGCCAUGCCCCAAAUCCGUCUGCCCCAGGGCGCCAUUGAGGCUGCCAAGAAGACGGGCAAGGCUGCGGACUUCUUCUACUGCAUGCAGCUGCUGGAGGAGACUGGCAUCGUGACUGUUCCAGGUUCAGGCUUCAAGCAGGAGGAGGGUACGUUCCACUUCAGGACCACAUUCUUGGUGCCAGAGCCAGAGACUGAUGAGGUGGCUGAGCGGCUGGUGAAGUUUCACAACAGCUUCCUUGCCAAGUAUGGGGAGCCCGAGCAGUGAAGCAGGCAGGUGUACAGAUGUCUCGUACAGACCAAAUGUACCACCGUAUAGUCGGGCUGAGCUGUCACCGGGGUGUGCAGAGUGCCAUUCGUUCCAGUCUCCACACUGUGAUGAAAUUAUUGUACCAUACAGGAUUUUUAUCUAUCUGAGUCCCUGUGACCACUAGAGGUAGGUGGUUGCCGAUUAGACUUUGGCUCUUGCAUCUGAAAAGCUCUUCUUUUGAUCUAAUGCCGGUUGCAGCAAGCCUGCUGCAGUCCAGCUGUUGGCUUGGCAAAGCUAGUAGAGAACAUGCUCCAACUUUGAAAAUUUUAUGAUGAGCUGUUAUGAUCCUAUGUCGCUGAUUUGUCAAAGAUGCAAAUUGCGAUAUCGAUGGUCAUGC